AUGGACCUCAAUCCGCCAUCGGCCUCCAUGGGAGGACGAGCUGUUCUCGUCCUCCCAUGGGGGACGGGCAGAUCUCGUCCUCAUGGAGGACGAGCAGAUCUCGUCCUCAUGGAGGACGAGAUCUGUUCUCGCCCAUCUCGUCCUCCAUGGGAGGACGAGCUGUUCUCGUCCUCCCAUGGAGGACGAGCGAUUCUGUGUUGCGUUAAAGGUGGAAUCUUGAACAGCCAAUGCUAUAUUUGUUGGAUGAGUUCAGUGAAAAUUUUCGGUAAUUUUUGCAGUGCAGAAAAAGUUAAGAGUUUGAAAUUAUCAAUGUCUUGGGCAGGCCCGGAAGAUAUUUACCUUUCUACUUCUCUUGCUAGCUAUCUUGACAAGAAGCUACUGGUGCUUCUGCGAGAUGGUCGGAAGCUCGUGGGAAUACUUCGAUCUUUUGACCAAUUCGGUACUUUAUAAGCUCCAUGGAGGACGAGUUCUGAACAAGGAA